AUGCUUCGACCGCGAAUAAUCUCACCGCUUCCACGGGCAUCCGCCCGCUCAUGCCCGGCCCGCGCACUCCGUCGCAGCCCCUUCUCCACCGGAAACCCAGCUUCUGCCCGCGCCACCCAGGAUUUCGACCUGAAUAAGCUCAACAGCAAGCGUCGCGACUAUGAGCGCAAUCGCACGGCCUUCCUCGCUGCCGGCGCCGUUGCCGGCAUCAUGUCCUUCAUCUACACGGCCUGGAAGUUGAAAAAGGCCAUCGAUGUGCAAGCCGAGAAGGACAAGGUUUCCGCCAAGUGCGACACGGCCAUCCCCAGCGACACGUUCAAGACGGAGGCUGGCGAGAGGCGAAAAAUCGUCCUUCACGACGAAGACGGCCGGGAAAUCGUCCCCACUGGGAACAGUGUCGUCCCCGUGUUUCCGCGAACCAUGGACAUUCGUCUCCCUUCCGCUCAAGAGUCAACAGCGGCGGCACCUAUCGCGGCUUCGAUUUCAGACACUGCUGGCACAGAGUUUACCCUUGUCGGUUUGGGCAUGAGGACCGUGACUUUUCUUGGUAUUCAGGUAUAUCUCGUCGGAUUUUACGUUGCCACAAAGGACAUUGAGCGUCUUCAGCACCAUCUCGUCAAGAAGAUCAAUCCCCUCGCAACAACUCUCAUCCCCUCUGAGAAGGAUGCUCUGCGCAAGGCUUUGCGUGAUGCUGUUGAAGGCGAGCAGACAUGGGACUCUGUCCUUCGGGAUGCAGGGUGCCAAAGCGCCUUCAGAAUAGUCCCUGUUCGGGACACCGAUUUCCACCAUCUACGCGACGGGUUCGUCCGUGCUGUUCAGGUUCGUUCCGCACGGGACAAGGCAUACGACGACGAGGCUUUUGGUAUAGCUAUGAGGGAGCUCAAAGGUCUCUUCAACCGUGGGCAAGUCCCCAAGAGGAAGGAGCUUUUGCUGACCCGGGAUGCGGCUGGCAAGCUGGCUGUCAUGUACGGGGAAGGAGACCACAAGACAAACAAUGGCAAGACGCUCAUGGGCACAGUAUCUGACGAGCGACUGUCAAGACUACUGUGGUUGAACUAUCUAGCCGGAAGCAAGGUUGCCUCCGAGGGAGCGAGAGAGAACAUUAUCGAGGGAAUCAUGGAAUUUGUAGAACGGCCUGUUGGUACCGUUGCUACGCAAAUCCUGUAA